UACUUGACGUUAAUUUCAGAAGGCUCUGAAACUUGGGCUUCGACCGUUUUCAAUUUAGAAAGCUCAAGUGACUGAUCGAUCGAUCAUGAAAAAGAUCGCCGCUUGAGCAAACAGACAAUAUAUUCAAUGACCCUUCUUCAUUUAUUAUUCUUAGUUUAGUUCAUCGGUUUCCACGUUCAGUUCCCGAGUCUCCAAGGCAUUGAUCGGGGAAAUAGAUCCAAAAACGAGCAAAUGGGUCUGCUAUCUGGAAUGUUCAUGGGUAUUAUAUUCGGAUUCGCUUUGAUGGCCGGUUGGUUUCAUAUGAUGCGGUAUCGAAGCAGCAAGCGUGUAGCAAAGGCUGUUGAUAUCAAACUUCUUGGAUCCCUUAGCAGAGAUGAUUUGAGGAAAAUUUGUGGCGACAAUUUUCCUGAAUGGAUAUCUUUCCCUGUCUUUGAACAGGUGAAAUGGCUGAACAAGCAGUUGAGCAAACUCUGGCCAUAUGUUGCAGAAGCAGCAACAUUUGUAAUAAGAGAAUCUGUUGAACCUCUAUUAGAAGAAUACCGACCACCGGGAAUUACCUCAUUGAAAUUCAGCAAAUUGUCUCUUGGGACUGUUGCACCGAAAAUUGAGGGAAUUCGUGUGCAAAGCCUUAACAAAGGCCAAAUAACCAUGGAUAUUGAUUUCCGUUGGGGCGGUGAUCCAAGUAUCAUUUUAGCUGUUCAAGCUGCAAUGGUUGCUUCUCUACCCAUUCAGUUGAAAGAUCUUCAAGUGUUCACCGUUGUUCGUGUUAUCUUCCAACUUUCUGAAGAAAUCCCAUGCAUAUCUGCUGUUGUGGUUGCUUUGCUUUCUGAGCCAAAACCUCGAAUUGAUUAUACCCUAAAGGCUGUUGGUGGAAGCUUGACAGCAAUUCCUGGUCUUUCAGAUAUGAUUGAUGAUACUGUUAAUACGAUUGUCUCAGACAUGCUUCAAUGGCCUCACAGGAUUGUUGUGCCGAUUAGUGGUAUAGGUGUAGACACAAGUGAACUGGAACUUAAACCACAAGGAAAGCUUACGGUUACUGUGGUGAAGGCAAAUGAUUUGAAAAACAUGGAAAUGAUUGGGAAAUCUGAUCCUUAUGUAGUUGUAUUUAUCAGGCCACUAUUUAAAGUUAAGACAAAGACCAUUGAUAAUAAUCUGAAUCCUAUUUGGAACCAAACAUUUGAGUUGAUUGCAGAGGACAAAGAGACGCAAGCUCUCGUCAUUGAGGUUUUUGAUAAAGAUAUUACACAAGACAAGAAAUUGGGUGUGGCCAAAUUACCAUUGAUUGAACUGGAAGCUGAAAACUCUAAAGAGGUCCAACUGAGGCUACUCCCAUCUCUUGAUAUGCUCAAAGUAAAAGACAAGAAAGAUAGAGGGACGAUUACACUUCAGGUGCUUUACCAUAAAUUCAACAAAGAAGAACAGAAUGCGGCUCUUGAUGAGGAAAAGAAGAUGCUUGAAGAGAGAAAGAAGCUUAGAGAAGCAGGAGUCAUUGGAAGCACAAUGGAUGCCCUUGAUGGAGCAGCUUCACUUGUUGGAUCAGGGGUUGGGAUGGUGGGUACUGGUAUUAUAGCCGGUGCUGGUGUUAUGGGUGCCGGAGCAGGAAUUGUUGGCGGCGGCCUCAGCAAGGCCGGAAAAUUUAUGGGUAGGACUUUGACAGGAAAAUCAAGCUCCAAGAAAAAUGCCAAUGCCAAUCCUAAUGCCAGUGCUACUCCUUCCAUGAAAUCUGUUCUAGAAAAUAAUCACACCCCUUAAUCUUCAAAUAUAACAAGAAAUUUUACUUUCUUUUACCUUUUGCAGCUCCUUCACAUUCAUCUAGGGAUGAUUGUACAUAGUUUAAUAUGUUGUUUUGAGAUUAUUUUUACAUAGACAACAAGUUGUAAGUGAUUUUUUUAUUUUUACUUUGCUUUUGUUUUUCUUUAAUAAAUUUUUUUAAGUAGAAAAUUUGUCAUUUGGAUUAUUUUCCUUUUUUAACAAAUGAUAUUCAUUAGUAA